CUUGUAGCCGUCAGUUCCACUUUCCGUUAUCUGAUGAUCUGAUAAUUUUGCUUGGUGAAAGAGCAAGGGUUGUUAGUCGGUGGGUUUCCAAUUCUCUUUCCUUGACUCAUCAUCACCGCCUCCUUCCCAUUCAGCAUUCUGCUCACCAAAAAAGUAAUGUGUGUUACCUGCAUCUGAGAGCUGAUUUACUGGCCGGGUCACCUCGCAAAGGGACCCCGGGAAACUCCUCUGCGCGCUUUUAAAUUCGCAUGGCUAUGUUCGCCAGAAACGGUGGCUCGUGGAAGAAAGCAUCUUUAGUGGCCCAGGCUUCCAUUCGCCGGGAGAAAGGCCGUCACUUAUCAACGGCUGAGAAUGGCGCUCAGUCUGGAAGGACAGGCGCUGGUGCGUCCGAUAGUCGACAUCCGUCUAGUACAGAGGGAAAACAGAAAAGAGAAUCUGAUAGGCAAUUUUUGAUCUCUGUACUUGAAUCAUCCGCUACCAAACGCGACGCCAAGGCAUACCUUCAGACCUUUGGGUCUUCCCCAGGCUCGGGGCCGAAGAAGACGCCAGCUUUUACUACCGUCUUACACGACGGACUUCGGGGCCAAAGCUCUGUUCCGCGGUUUGUCCAGGGCCCCGUGAGGGCUUCCGUGGCAGACACGAGUGAGGUGCCACAUAUCGCCAUCGUGAAGCUGAGGGACCCACAGACUUGGGACGAUGCUCUGCAUAAUGGCGUAGCCAAGACACUCACUCGACUGCGGGACUUGGGUUUACGUAGCGUCAUCGUUCUCGACUGUGACCUGGGGGAGUGCAACGGGAAGCAGCAGCAGGAAGCCAUUUCUCAACAAACGGACCGCAUCAUCAAGGCCAUCGGCCGGCACGGCUCUCCAGGGGCAGAACUGGUAAGCUCGGCCAUCUGGAAGACCAAGGGGGUGUCGCAGAAGGCCUCCCCGGUCAGCCCGACGGACCUGUUUGUGGGAUUCGGAACGGGGUUCACCACGCCCCUAAGGCACGGCCAUAUUGUGGUAGUACCACCUCGUGCUCUCUGCGAAGAGACACUCGCAUUUACGAGAGCCGACGCGGACGAUAUUGUCUUUGCGCUGGCGCACUAUUUCUCGGGCCUGCAGUUCGAUAAGCGGACGCUUACCGAAGGGAAAGCCGAAAGCACCUCGAGCGGCCAUGUGCGGAACGCCGUGGUGGACCGAGUCAUCGUUAUUGACCCUCUGGGGGGUAUUCCAGCAAGCGGCCAUGGAGACGGCGCCCGGGUGUUUGUCAACCUGGAAGAAGAGUUCGACAGACUCCAAGCCGCCCUUGCUUCCAAGGGGCAAGCCGAUCCACAAGCCAGCGUUGCGGGCUUGUCAGGCGACCUCACAACCAAGCAUGCGAAAAACUUGAACCUCGUCAAGAAAACACUGGCGAUACUCCCCUCAACAGCCUCGGCAGUCAUAACCACUCCGGCCGAGGCAGCAAACUUACGAACCCCACCCACCCCGGCGAACGAGGCCACCAUGGGGCAAAUUGCUGGCGAGGUGAAGACGAGGAGGUGGCAGAAUCCGAUCAUCCACAACUUGAUCACGGACAGGCCGAUUUAUUCGGCGUCGCUACCCAUUGGCAGGGUUAAACCUACGAGGCGCAGUGACGAAACGUCGCCGGGCCAAAUGCCAAUGACAACCCUCGCAAAGAAGGGCCUACCGGUUACGAUUUUCCCUUACACACGCACAGGGCCCUGGACAGCCCCCGAACCUGGUGCCCGCCGACUCAAACUCACAGACACCUGCAUCGACCUACCGCGGCUCGUCCACCUCAUCAACGACUCCUUCAACCGCAAGCUCGACGUCGAACACUACCUACGUCGCGUCGAAGAUAGCCUCGCCGGCAUCAUCAUCGCGGGCGAGUACGAAGGAGGCGCCAUCCUAACCUGGGAGCGGCCCUUUGGGAUGGACGAGGCAACGGCUCACGCCACUGGCCGGCUGGUCCCCUACCUCGACAAGUUCGCAGUGCUUAAGAAGAGCCAGGGCGCAGGUGGCGUGGCCGAUAUCGUGUUCAACGCCAUGGUGCGCGAUUGUUUCCCCGGCGGGGUAUGCUGGCGGAGCAGGAAAAACAAUCCAGUCAAUAAGUGGUAUUUUGAGAGAUCGUGUGGUGUCAGGAAGUUGCCGGAGAGUAACUGGGCCAUGUUCUGGACGACGCCGGAGGCAGCGACGAGCGGGCAACUCAUGAGGGAUUAUGAGGAUGUGUGUAGGAAUGUGGUACCGUCUUGGGAGGAUACGAAGCCGGCGGAUUAGAAUUAGGCCAUGUUUAUUCCGUACGGGGGCAGGAGUCUUUUUAUCAAGCAGAUCGUGACCUAAACCGUUUGUUGCCAA